AACACGGGAGGAGAAGGGGGAGGAGAAAAGGAAAAGCUGCUUCAAAAGCUGAUGACUCGAGAUUUGAAUGAUUUAGCAAUUUAAACGCUACUUUUUCUUCGCAGUCAUUGUAUUUGGCGCAGCAAAAUUGGCAGCCUUGUUUUAAACAAGAUAUCUGGUAGCGAAUAUAUUUGAUAGUCUGGAUCACGUACUGAACUGGAGUUUCGGUUUCCGCAUGUACUGUACACCUUGAUGUUAAAACUGAAUGUUGACACUUCUCACUGUUCGUCUUCUCCUACCAGUUUUUAAUACCCUUUAAACGGUGUUUUCACAUCUGUUAGGAAAACUGUUUCAACAUGGAAUUUCCAGAUCUGGGAAAGCACUGCUCUGAAAAGACAUGCAGACGUUUGGAUUUUCUUCCAAUGAAGUGUGAUGCCUGUGAAGAGAUUUUCUGUAAAGAUCACAUUACCUAUGUGCAUCACAGUUGUGCUUCUGCAUAUAAAAAGGAUAUCCAGGUCCCUGUAUGCCCGCUCUGUAACACUCCAGUUCCUAUUAAAAGAGGGGAAAUGCCAGAUAUAAAGGUGGGAGAACACAUUGAUAGAGACUGCAGGUCAGAUCCCGCUCAAAGGAAAAGAAAGAUUUUUGUUAAUAAAUGUUCCCAAGUGGGUUGUAAGCAAAAAGAAAUGAUUAAAGUGACCUGUUCUCAGUGCCAUAUGAACUUCUGCUUGAAACACAGACAUCCUAAUGACCAUGAUUGCAAAACAGAUGGUCACCCCCUUUCUAAGACAGGGAAUGCUGCUUUAAUGAGAUCCCAAGGAGCAAACUCAACAUCUGCUACAGCUUCAUCUAGUAAACCAUUCUCUAGGUCCGUUCCAAAUGGCUUGAGUGGGAAUGCAAGUUCACAACAAAGCAGCACUCACCGAACGAAUGUGUCUAAGGUGUCGGCACCACCACAGCAAAGAGUAAUCCCUCCAUCAACCUCUAUGCAGGCUGGAUUGACUGAAGAACAGGCUUUGCAGAGAGCUUUACAGAUGUCUUUGGCAGAAACUUCAAGACAGCAACAGUCCCUGAGCCCUCAGGAAGAAGAAGACUUGGCUUUGGCUCAAGCAUUGGCUGCUAGCGAAGAAGAAUAUUCACGGCAGCAGCAGAGACAACAGGUAUCCAGAAAAGUUACCAGUCAAUAGCAUGAUAAAGGAUUUGAAAAUCAAGAUUCAAAACCUUCAAAUUGCAGUUUGUCAUAAUGUCUGUCCUUUUUGCUACAAUGAAACUGCCUUCUUCUAAUGAACUACUUUAUUCUAAUCAUGUAUGAACCUUAAGUUAAGAAUGAUUUUAAAACUAUUUUCAGGGUUUAACAUAUUCUAUAUGACCAAAUUAUACAGUAAGGACUACUUGGAUGUUAUCUCCUUUAAUUUGCACACUUCUUACAAUAAAUAUGAUAAACACAAUUUUUAUAUGUUUAAAAAAAUAAGUAUGCACACAAACUUUUUAUCUUGAUUUAUGUUAUCUGAACUAUGUAAUAAUGGUGGUGAAUAAAAUAUCUAUUUAUUAAAAA